AUGGGGAAAAUUGGAAAUCAAGAUGUGCAACAAGAAGAACAGAGGGAGAACAACGGUGAUGGCUGUUCACGGUGUUCGGUGGUGCUGAGAUUAUUCAGUUUCAAGUGUUUGUUCAUUCUGUUUUUCAGUUUAGCGGCUUUUGUUUCUGGAGUCUUCUGGAUUCUUCCUAAACAUAAUUCAACCGAAUUGAGCUUUGAUGCUAAAGAUGUAAUUAAGCAUAGUGCUACUGUUCAGGCAUCCUUCAGGCUGGAAAAACCAGCUUCACAGCUUAUUCCAUAUAUUGAAAAAUUGCAAGAUGAUAUAUUUGGUGAAGUAGCUCUGCCAAAUACAAAGGUGGCUAUUUUAUCCAUACACCAAAGUGUUGCACCUAGCUCGUCUGAUGUGGUAUUUGGUGUUCUCUCUGAUCCAAUGAACAUUCCAAUAAAUCCAGUGUACUUGAGUGUGCUGAGAUCAUCACUAAUUGAACUGUUUCUCCAGCAAACCAACCUGACUUUCACAACAUCAGUAUUUGGAAACGCGUCUUUGUUUGAGAUCUUGAAGAUUCCUGGUGGGUUAACUGUAAAACCAGUGCAGUCUGCUUCUAUUUGGCAGAUACCCGAGAUUCUGUUUAAUUUUACUCUUAAUAAUUCAAUAUCCGAAGUCCUGGAUAAGUUUGAUGACUUUGAGGAAGAAUUGAAGCUUGGAUUGCAUCUGAGGUCUGAUGAGAAUGUAUAUGUGCACAUAACAAAUGCACACGGCUCAACAGUAGCUCGUCCUGUAGUAGUGCAGGCAUCUGUCAUGCGAGGGUUUGAGAGCCUUUUGCCACAAAGAUUGAAGCAAAUAGCUCAAACAAUAAGACGCUCUGCUAGAAAAAAUCUUGGUCUUAAUAACUUGGUUUUUGGCAGAGUCAAAGAAAUCAGGUUGUCUUCUUUAUUAAAGGAUACACUGCAUGCUCACCCACCGGCUCCUGCCCCAUCCCCACAGUUAGUUGAUCACUCUGAGCCAUUAAUUCCACCAUACCAUGCUCCUUCUCAUUCUCCAAUAACCCCAACAACUUCUGAGAAACCUCCUUGUUUUGACUGUGAAGUAUUCUCACCUUCACCUUCCACUGUGACCGAGUAUCCUGCAGAUCCCUGUCCAUACAAUUGCUUCAAGCUCCUCCAAGAUGAGGAGAAAUCUAAAAAGUUGUCUCGCAUACUUGCUCCGUCUUCUCAAUCUUCAGCAGGCGGCGUUUUCCACACAGAAAUCUUGCUAAUGGGAUUUUGUUUGCUAUUAGUAUCUUUUGUUUUUAUCAACGAUAUUACAUUUCAAUGA